AUGAAGGAGAAGCAUACAUCUUCCAAGAAACCGUCAAUUCGCAUACCCAUAAAAUCUUCAAGCCCAAAGUCAUUUGAAAAAUUAGAAUAUGCUAACUCUAAGAGUGAGAUUGCUGACAACUCCAAAAAUAGCUCUUUCUUAGAUGCGUUUGAUUCUGUCAACAACGAUGUUGAUGAUGAUUUAGAAACUGUCAAUUUGGCAGGUGAGACCGAGCCAGACAUUCCAAUUGAAAGUUCAGUUAAAAAAGUUAUAGAAAAUGUAAGAAUUAAAGACACUACUUUGGAUAAUGGACUGGAUGAUAAUACUAUGAACGAUACCCGUGUUUCAGAUCAUAGUACUUUGAUCAAUGACAAGAGACAAGCAAAUGUUUCGUUUGAGAAAAAAGUUGAGAACUUGCCUGUAAAAGUUGUUUCUUCUAUUGAAAAUGAAGUUACUCAGCUACAGACUGCCAACUCACCAGUAAAUAAGUCAUUCUCGAAGAAUAAGAAAAGGAAACAUUUUCUUGUAAUGCCCAAAAAGUUAAAGAACCUAUCAAAGAAGCCAAGUAAGAAAUAA